AUGGCUCCGCACAAGAUGAAUGUGCUGGUAUACACCGGUAUAGGUCCGGGGACGUCCAGUGAGUCAGUGAAGCACUGUCUCUUCUCCCUCCGCCAGCUCCUCGCCCCCACAUACGCCGUGAACCCUGUCGGCGAGAACCACCUGCUCAAGGAGCCCUGGGCCGCUACCUGCGCCCUGUUGGUCUUUCCCGGUGGCGCCGAUCUGGGCUACUGUCGGGUCCUCAAUGGCGCCGGGAAUCGCUCCAUCACCCAGUACGUGCGUGCCGGUGGUCGAUACUUUGGCUUUUGCGCCGGCAGCUACUACGGGAGCAACCGGUGCGAGUUCGAGGUUGGCAACGCGCCUCUGGAAGUGGUCGGCAGUAGGGAGCUGGCCUUCUUCCCGGGGACGUGCCGCGGCGGUGCCUUCAAAGGGUUCCAGUACCACAGCGAGAAGGGUGCCAGGGCCAUUCGGCUCACCCCAUCCAAGCAGCUCCAAGGUGCCGGUCGCCUGCCACCAUCGCUGCGCUGCUACCACAAUGGCGGCGGUGUCUUCGUCGAUGCGGCGCAGUUUGAGGGCCAGGACGUCAAGGUGUUGGCUUCCUAUGCAGACACGCUUGACGUGGAUGGUGGAGAUGGCCAGGCUGCCAUUGUCUACUGCACCGUCGGCAAAGGAGCAGCUGUCCUGACGGGACCUCAUAUCGAAUUCGCAUCCGCCAAUCUCACUCCUCAGCCGGACAUUCCUGCAUACGGCGACUUACUACGAGCUGUAAAGGAAGACGACGAGCACAGAGAAGAGCUGUUAAGGCAAUGCCUCUCGUCGCUCGGCCUCACUGUGAACCAAGUCACUCCGCCGGUCCCUGAACUCACUCCCCUUCAUGUCACUUGUCUGCACCCGGACCAAGCGGCCGAGUUGUGGCACUCCUGGCAGGACAUCAUCAAGAAAGAAGGCACCAGGGAUGUCAUCAAGGGGGGCACCGACACCUUCUCUGUGCGUUUGGCUGACACCCAGAAGCGCUCAUCAAAGUCGCAGCCUCCCAAUGGCAGGGAUGAAAAGAACGUAUUUACUAGUGACAUAACUCCCGUGCUGCAAGAGCUGCUCCUCGGCUCGCAGCAGCAUCCCAUCUUGAUGAAAGCCGCCGCUAGGAUCGACGGCAAUCAUGAAUCGGAAGAAGACUUCAAUUAUCUCCAUAACCUUCUCGAACAACUCUCCCACAAAAUGGGCACUGACGCACCCAGAGGCCUGUUGUCGUCAGAGGGUACGAGGCACAUUGCCCACAUCUUAACCAGGACAGUCGCCGAUCCCAAGAUGGAGGCUUUCCUCGAGGGAUCCAACGACAGCAGCGUUGCAGAGGUGAACAGUUCCGGCGGUCUCGACAUUUUGAUCAAGCAAGUCACUUCCGACCUCGGGCUGGUCAACAUCGGCUCUGAUGACAAAAUCGGCCAGAGAUUUUCCAAGUCAGAGAACGAUGAAGGCGCCAACAAGAUGAUCGACUAUGCUGCAGUAGUAAAGGAGCUAAUUGUACACGAACAGGGCGUUCCCGGUCGCCAUGAAACACCCUUCUUCAACCACGAAGUUUACUACAGAGCACUGGAGAAUUACAGGCAGACCCGCGACCACAAAGCGGAGGACUGGGGCGAUAGCCUUAUGUAUGGGGAGGUGCUGACAAGCACGAAUACUGUUCUCGAUCAAAACCAUGGCCUGCUUGCGACCCUUCCCUCCGGCUUCACAGUGGUCGCGCGGACCCAGGUGGCUGGCCGUGGACGUGGCAGCAAUGUCUGGAUUGCGCCUCCAGGACAGAUGAUCUUCUCGAGCGUCAUUAAUCACUCCUACAAGCUUGCAGCGAGCAGGCCCAUCAUCUUCAUCAAUUAUCUGGCCGCCAUUGCUACCGCAGAGGGUAUUCGCGGGCUCAGACCAGGUUGCAAGGACAUUCCAGUGAAGUUAAAAUGGCCCAAUGACAUAUAUAUCCAAAAGCCCGGCAAGGAUGCUUCUUUGAAUGAGUCAUACGUCAAAAUCGGCGGCUUGCUUUUCCAGUGCUCUUACAGCGACGGUAACUACCAAGUCGUCGCGGGCAUCGGCGUCAAUGCCGUAAACGACCGCCCAACCACCUGCGUCAAGAACUAUCUGCCCGCUGGGAACGACGGCUGCGAGACUUUGGUCGAAGAACUCAUUGCGUCGAUCCUCUGCCGCUUCGAGAUGCUCUAUAAAGAGUUCUGCCGGACUGGCUUCUCAGAAGACCUGGAAGCGCGGUACUAUGCACACUGGUUGCACACGGACCAGAUUGUGACGCUCGAGGCCGAGGGUGGCGUGCGAGCUCGCAUACGGGGCAUCACCAGAGACUGGGGCUUGCUUAGGGCGGAGGAGCUGGGCACGAACGACGCGCCGACGGGCAGGUUUUGGGCCCUACAAAGCGACGAGAACAGCUUUGACUUUCUCAAGGGUCUAGUUAGGAGGAAGCUGUAG